CGGCGCCGCCCCCUCCCUCCAGCUGCGGGGCGCGACAUGGCGGCGGGGCGGGCGCUGCCGCUGCUCCUGCUGCUGCUGGAGCCGGUGGCCGCCGUGUGGCCGCAACCCCAGGCCGAGCGGACCCCGGCGGGUGGCGGCCGCUGCCUGCUGCCUCCCCGCCGCUUCCGCUUCGCCUACGCCGCCGGCUCCGCCGUGGGGCCGGGCUGCGCCGUGCUGGAGGCGGCCUUCCAGCGGUACUGGGCGCUGCUCUUCGCCGCCGCCCGCCCGACCGAGAAGGAGCUGCCCUGGGGGAUACCGUGUACUCAGCUUCUUGUCUUUGUUGCCACACCGGGCUGCAAUGGGUUUCCCAGCCUGGACUCCAAGGAGAGCUAUAAGCUGUCUGUCUCAGAAGGGUCCUUGCUGCUUUCUGCGGAUGCUGUCUGGGGAGCUCUCAGAGGCCUGGAAACGUUCAGCCAGCUUGUUGGGAGAGAUGAGAAUGGCACGUACUACAUCAACAAAACAGAAAUCGUGGACUUUCCCCGCUUCCGUCACCGGGGACUGUUGCUGGACACCUCUCGUCACUACCUACCCCUGAGAGCCAUCCUGGAAACUCUGGAUGUCAUGGCGUACAACAAGUUCAACGUGUUUCACUGGCACAUUGUGGACGACCCGUCAUUCCCCUAUGAGAGUAUGACCUUCCCAGAGCUCAGCAAGCAGGGAGCCUUCAAUGCCAUGACCCACGUGUACACAGCCAGUGAUGUGCAGACAGUGAUCGAGUACGCCCGGAUGCGUGGCAUCAGAGUCAUUGCAGAGUUUGACACUCCGGGGCACACCCUCUCCUGGGGUCCAGGUGCUCCAGGCCUCCUGACUCCCUGCUAUUUGGACAAGGAUCCUUCUGGGACCUAUGGGCCCAUCAACCCCAUCCUUAACAGCACCUACCAGUUUGUGACUAGUUUGUUUAAAGAGGUCAGCACUGUGUUCCCAGACUUCUUUCUUCACCUUGGUGGCGAUGAGGUGGACUUCACAUGCUGGAAAUCAAAUCCAAAAAUUCGUGCCUUCAUGAGGAAGAUGGGCUUUGGUGAAGAUUACAAAAAAUUAGAGUCGUUCUACAUCCAGAGGCUUCUGGACAUCAUCUCUUCCCUCGGCAAAGGCUAUAUUGUGUGGCAGGAGGUGUUUGACAACGGAGUGAAGGUGAGGCCAGACACCAUCAUCCAUGUGUGGAAGGAGAACCCCAAACCAUACAUGGAGGAGAUGGCAAAUGUCACCAAGGCUGGCUACCGGGCUCUGCUCUCUGCACCAUGGUAUCUCAACCGCAUCUCUUAUGGGCAGGACUGGAUGGCAGCCUACCAGGUGGAGCCCUUGAAAUUUGGAGGUAGCCCUGAGCAGAAGGAUCGGGUGAUCGGCGGAGAGGCAUGCAUGUGGGGUGAAUAUGUGGAUGUCACCAACCUGGCCCCCAGGCUCUGGCCAAGAGCUGGGGCCGUAGCUGAGAGACUGUGGAGUAACGCGACUGUCAGAGACCUGCAGGAUGCCUACGUGCGGCUGGCCGACUUCCGCUGCAAGCUUCUCGGGCGUGGUGUCCAGGCACAACCUCUCUACGUUGGAUACUGUGAAAAUGAAUUUCCUGGGUUUUGAAGGGAGAGUCCUGCUGCCCUCUGUCAUUGUGCACACAGGAGGAGUGAUCCCCCUCUCUCUCAAAAGCUUCUGGCUUGGCAGAGGGCCCCCUUCCCACCUCUGGCUUCUGCUCUUGCUUUGUUGCAAUGAACCUUUUUUUCUUUAGUGUGCACUCUUCACCUCUUUUUCUAUUUUUAUUUCUUUAAAUCUAUAAAUAAAUUACCUCAAAGAGGAAAAAGGUGCAUUUUCAUGCUCAGCUGAGACUUGGGAGACUGUGUGAGGGUUAUUGUUAGCAGGAGAUGGGUAGGGCUUGCUCCAGAGGUGCCAGUGAGGAGCAUCAUCCUGGUGGCUCCAGAGCUUGCUGGGUGCCUGCCUAGCUGGAUGAACUGUGUUUAGUCUCUGCUACUGUCACAGACUCCAUCCCUGCAGAGAGUAGGUGAUGAGAAGGUGUGGGGUCCCCCAGUUUUUUUCACCUUGACCUCCCACUGUCCGCACUGGUGGGGGGACAAGACACUGCUUGUGCCAGAACAGGUGACACCCCACCUUUUUUUUUUCUUCUGUGGCCUGUGCAGCAGUGGUCAGUGCUGUGGUGUUGCUUCCUGUCCUUGUCUCUCUUCUCUCUCUGCCUGUGUCCAGACUGGAGGUCUGCUUGCAAACCACCAUCUCUGCUGCCCCAAACCCUGUCUGCUGCCGCCAUCUCCUCUGGCUUCUCCUGAAAAGACGACACGCUGAAGCCUCUCCAAGGAGACCUUGCAAACCUGCUGAGUGGUGCAUGGAUAUUACGGAGUCACUGCUGAGCUCUUCAAUCAGCCGCCGCCUCUGCUCAGAAUUUGGCCAGCCAACCUGUCCUGCUCCUGCUCUGUGUCCUUGAGGUGGGGAGCUCAGCUCCAGGUCUUCUACAUCCAGAAGAGUUUGGUUUGGGUGGUAUUUUCCUUGGAGAAGAGACUGGCAGUGCUGCUGUCCCGCGGGCUGGGACAGUCAUGGUUUGUCUUCUUUGAUGGGGCUGCCACGGUGUUCAGCUCAAAGUGGGGCGUCUGUCAGGGAGAAACCCUGGCUGAAGGGACUGUUGUGCAGUGUCUUGGUCUUAAAUGUGAGACCUGCUGUUAUGACUGGAAACCUUUUACUAUUGAGCUUUAAUUCAAAAAUACCAAAUUAACUUUGAAUUUAAAAUACUCAGAAA